UAGAACGCGCGCGCGGUCGCUGUCGGUCGACUACGCCGUAGCUUCAUCGUAGCAACUCGUAGCUACGAGUUUUGUGGUUUCGAUUUUUGGAAUGUAAAGUUUUCCUUAGAUAUUUUCCUUUUCGGCAUAGUCAACAUCGAUUGUUGCAGUAUACCUUGUCAAUGUGAACAAAUAUCAGUCAAUGGGUACUGAAAAUAUGAAGACGUCGACCACAAUGAUCCUGCUGCUCCACUUGUCCCUGCACACAUUUGACGAAGGUCAUGCAAUAAAUCCAAGUUGUGGGUGCAUCAGAUUCACGUCGACGUACGGCAAGCCGCGCGGCACGUUCAGCAGCCCGGACUACCCCCGCCCGUACCCCGCGCGUCUCCACUGUCUGCUCUACACCUUCCUCGCCGCGCCGCAUCAGAUCGUCGAGCUCGUCUUCACCGACUUCAAUAUCUACAAGGAGCAUCUCGACUGCAUCCACGGUGACUAUCUGAAGGUGUACUCGGAAGGUUUCCACGGGCCUGGUCCCCCCGGCGUCAACGAGUACUCCGCCUGGUCCAGGGUCCUCUGCGGCAGUCGAGCUGACACGCCACCAGCUUUGUACUCUCACGGGCCGCUGAUGGUGCUGGAACUACACACGGGAACGAAGAUAUCCAAUGCGACGGGUUUCGUCGGGAACUAUAGGUUUAUUGAUCGAAGAAACUUCGAGACAGACGGCGUGCAAGUCCCUGAGACGUGGUGCGACUAUGUUUUCAACUCUCAACCGACUAGACCCUCGUUCGGUCGACUGUAUAGCCCUCGCUACCCCUCCAGCUACCCCAGCAAUAUCAGAUGCACGUACCACUUUAACGCAAGACAAAAUGAGCGAAUAAAAUUAGUAUUUGAAGAGUCGUUCCUGCAGAAAGGAGAUGAAAGCUGUCUAAACAGAGCUGAUAUAAUCAAGGUGUUUGAUGGUCGACUGCAAACGUCACCUGUGCUUGCGAUGCUGUGUAAUGAAGUCAUAGGCUAUGAAAUUUUAUCAACUGGAUCGGAGUUACUAGUCCAGUUCACGUCUAAUUCCAACACGCCAGGACAGGGCUUCAAAGCGAGCUACCAGUUUCAAAUGAGCGACAAUUCUAGCGCAGACUCAGAUAUUAAAAAAUCAAGCGCCACGGAACCAAUAUCCGGAUUAGGGCCGGCGGUCAGUGCUACGACGUCUUCAUGUCAUCAAAUGUUCAGGAGUGACAAAAGCAAGAGCGGGAAGCUAACCUCGCCGCAGUAUCCAGCUCCGUAUCCUCAGAAAACUCAGUGUGACUACGACUUCUUGGCGCGGGGCAGGGAGCGGGUCAGACUAGUGUUUGAAGACUUCAGCCUUCAGAGGAUGACUGAGAAUAUCAUUGAUUGUGACAGCAUGGACUUGCUCGACGUAUUUUUGUAUGUAGACGGUAGACAAGAAAAGAUGGCCUCCUUUUGUGGGACAGAUGUACCGAAGCCAAUAAUGUCGAAUGGACCAAAACUGUCUAUUAGGUUCCGUGGGAUAUUCUCGUCGAGAAAUAGCCGGGGGUUUAAGAUAGCUUACUCCUUUGAUGAAGAUUUCGGGAUGCGGAGUGGGAGUCAACUGUUAGAAUUUCCAUGUGCCUUUGUAUUUAAUAGCAGCGAGAGGGGGAGGGGGGUUGUGACGUCACCGAAUUACCCAGGGACCUAUCCGAGGGACACAGAAUGCAACUACUUCUUUUAUGGGAGCGAAAAUGAAAGAGUUCACCUGAAUUUCAAUUAUUUUGAUGUGGAAGGUGUUCUACCAUGUGAAGCGGUGUCCGCGAGCGACUACGUACAAUUUUCCAGUCAAAUGAUAGAAUCCCAGAGUCACAGAUACUGCGGCCAGAUGAAAGAGCUUCAAGUGACCUCUGAGAAGAACUUCCUCAGGGUAACCUUCAAGUCUAACGACCGCCUCGACGGCACCGGCUUCAAGGCUGACUAUCUAUUCCUGAGGGACUCUGAAAUGCAUAGCAUUGUCAUGCCAGAUGUUGAUUCCAGUACAGACAUAUCUGCGACAUGGAUUACGCUAUGUCUAUGUAAUAUCGCGUCGUUGACGAUCAGCUAAUCCCAGAUGUUGAUUAACUAAGAUUUAUUGACUAAAUAAAUUAUCACUGU